AUGGCAGAGUACGUCGCCUUAGGACACGCCAGGGAGAUUUCAAGAGCCGAGGCGGACGCCACUCCACCAGGAAAGUUCUUUUAUCUUCCCCAUCAUGGCGUAGUAAACUCACAAAAGCCGGACAAGGUGAGGACAGUAUUCGAUGCAUCAGCAAGAUUUAACAAAGUUUCCCUUAACGAUCGGCUGCUCAAAGGGCCUGACCUGCUGACUAGCCUUGUAGGUCUAUUGAUGCGCUUCCGACGAGCUAAAUUUCCAGUGACGGCAGAUAUUGAAAAAAUGUUCCACCAAGUGAAGGUUUCUCCCGGUGAUCGGCCAGCCUUAAGAUAUCUGUGGAGAGAACCUGGAUCGCUGGAACAGCCAAAAAUUAUGGAAAUGCAAGUGCAGAUAUUUGGCGCCGUCUCGUCACCCACCAUCUGUUCAUACGCACUACGGCGCACCGGAGCAGAUAAUGAAGAAGACUUUCCAGGAGUCACCAACAGGAUCAUUAACUAUUUCUACGUCGACAAUUACAUGGAGUCAUUCGACGAUCAAGCCGAAGCCAUGUAUGUCAGUAAGCAACUCAGAGAAUGCCUCCUUCGCGGAGGGUUUAAACUCACCCAAUGGGCCUCCGCCGACAAAAAGAUCCUCUCUGCACUACCAGACCCGCUGUUAUCAAAACCUACUCUUAAUUUGGACAUGGACGACCUUCCGACGGAGAGAACCCUUGGUCUCACCUGGAACUGUCAAAGCGACGCAUUCGAGCUCCAAGUGAAGGUUCCAACAAUAGGAACAACUAAAAGAGACUUAUUACGUUCAGCAGCCAGCGUUUUCGAUCCGUUGGGCUUCCUAGCUCCGGUUAUGUUUAUGUCAAAGCAGCUGCUACGAGACGCCUGGGAAACAUCAACAACAUGGGACGAAAUUCUGGAUCGUAGUAUCAUAAUCCGUUGGGAAGAAUGGAAUUUAUCACUUGAAUCCCUGAGUCAAAUCAACCUUCAACGCUGCUACAAGUCUACCAAUGAAAAACCGACUGCCAUCGAACUUCAUGCAUUUUCCGACGCUUCGGAAAAGGGUUACGAAGCUGUGGUCUAUAUUAGGACUCAAUUUCGAAGUAGAAUCGAGGUAGCCUUUGUCAUUGCCAAGUCCAGGAUCUCCCCCAAAAAACCAAUUACCAUCCCACCGCUCGAGCUGAACGGCGCCCUUGUGGCAUAUCGAUUGAUUAACACCGUGAAGGCCGAGCUCGACGCUACGAUCAACAAUGUAACUAUUUGGACCGACUCAACUACCGUCUUGAGAUGGUUAACUUCAGAACACUGCCGCUACCACUCCUACGUCGCCAACAGAGUAGGAGAGAUGUUGGAACCAAAAAACGCUAACGACUGGCGAUACGUUCCUAGUAAAGAAAAUCCCGCCGAUGAUUGCUGUAGGGGAGUUUCGCCGAAACAAAUGACGGACCAACACCGCUGGUUCCAGGGACCAGACUUCCUAAAAAAACCACGAGAAAACUGGCCCACAUUCCCUAUUGAUCCCUACGUAGCCUCUGCAAACGAGUUGGAUCCGGAAGUCAAGAAAGACGAUAAUGUUGACCCUCGAAUCUGGGUCGGCCUGUCAGGAGAAGCCGAAACCAAUCGGUUCGAAACCCUAAUGGAAAGGAGAUCCUCAGUCGAUUUAAUCGUCCGAACCACCGCCUACAUUCAACGGCUCUUCAACAUGUUUCACAAAACCAGACACGAAAAAACUAAUAAUCAUCCUCCCUCCACUGAACUGUCUACACAGGAAAUCUCAGCAGCAAAGCAAUUUCUUGUAAAGCUAUCCCAGCAGGCUCACUUUUCUCAAGAAAUCAAUUGCAUUAUGGAUCGGCGUCCCAUUCAACCAGACUCAAAACUCGCGCAGCUGUCGCCUUUCCUAGACCACGACGGAAUUCUUCGUGUCGGUGGGCGAAUCCAAAGGGCAGAAGCUCCGUAUUCAGUUAGACAUCCGAUCCUUCUCCAUCCUUAA